AUGAGUUCCCAAAAUAGCUUUGUCAAUGCUUCCCCAAGCUUCAACUCUGCCAGCGCAAGCACCACGUCAACCUCUACGGUCCGAUCACGCCCUCGACGCUUAGUCUCAUUCAUGGACGACGAAGAUGACAGCAAUAAUAAUACAAAUUACUCCUACCAGAAUGACUCUCAACCAUUCUCGUCUGCAUUGUCAACGACUCUUGCACCCUCCGAUGGUGGUACGACCCGGUCUCGUGGAGCGACCCCUUCGCCAUUGUCAUCCCGGGGGGCAUCCCCACUACCGAUGAAACACCCAUCGCGCGCGACCGAAUCGACCAAUCGUCGCACUCGCAACGAGACAACUUCUUUUGCUUGGAAUGGAUCAUCAGUGCCAUCUUCAUCGCGUGGUGCCGCCGACUUUCUAGAUUCAUCAUGGUCAUCUCUCCAAAGUUUGGCAUCCUCGGUGCUUGGGAAUGAUCCUGGACGAUCCUCCCCAAAUAAUACGGCCAAAGCACACACAAGAAAGCCAUCUCGCUCGGACGUAUAUAUCAAAAGUGCCCCUCGGUCGGGGCUUUCAACGUGGGGGCCAUCAGCACCGACUUCUCCGCAGGUUGGAACCGGGACGCAAGAGGAACGACAAGCUUUGGUGCAGGCUAAAAAGAGAGAGGCGCUACUCCUAGCAGAUAGUGAUCCGAUCACGAGUCGCACAUUUACCCACAAACGACGAGAUUCUGGCGAUACUUCACAUCAAACCCUAGAUCCGGAACACGACGAAGAUGCCCUGGCCUAUGUCCAUAGAGUACAAGCCACAGACACCAUCACCGGUGUGACGAUCAAAUAUGGCUGCCACGCUGCGGUGUUCCGAAAAGCGAAUGGCUUCUGGCCUACUGAUAAUAUCCAGUGCCGAAAUGUGGUGCUUCUCCCAGUCGAUGCAUGCUCUGUGAAAGGUCGACCCGCCCCAACAAAGCCCGUGGAUCUUUUGGGUCCUGACCUUGAAGACCCCACCGAUAGCUCUAUAGCCCCCGUGACUACCUCUACGGACGAUUCCUCUGCAGACGAUGCUCCUGCCACUAUCUCCGACACGCAUGAUAAUCAGAAUUGGAAGCAUGAGAAAUGGGUGUAUAUGGAUGGAUUUCCAGACCAAGUACAAAUCGGUCGUGUCCCUCGAAGGGCAUUAGGAUUCUUUCCACGCACCCGCCGAAAAUCAGUAUCCUACACAGACGCUGAACCCUUUGGUUCUCUCCGGCAAACCAUCACACCUGCUUCUCCCACCGGAUCGCCACCACCACCUUUAUCCUCUGGAGUGCUCCCACGCACUCGACCCAAUGGCGAACAAGCCAAAGCCAAGGCCACGCGUCCUACUCGCCCUGGACACCGCCGUCAGCGCAGUAGUCUACAUCUGUCCGGCACUGGAGUAGGAACCCUUGAUCCGACAUCCACUGGACCAGGGCCCGCAUUGGAUGGGUUCACCAAGUUUUUCGCACAGCAUAUACCAAACUUGGCACCACCUCCGCCCCCCGAAAACGCUCGAAAAGCGUCUUUUGGGUCUGUGUCCAGCGCCACAUCCCAUGCAUCGACUGGUCUCGAGAACAUUGGUGGUGCGUUCGAGGGUUGGAUUCGCAAUGUAGCAACGCGGGCCAAGGCCGGCAUCAAUGAAUUGCAGCAAGGAACCCCCAACCAGCAGGGCCCAAACCGGGGUCGCAAUAAGUGGCGGAUGGACGAUCUCAUUGAAUUGGAUGAUGGGAUGAUAGAUGGUCGAAACUCCCCCAGCACUUUCAAGGGCACCUCUCGGAGGUCUGAGCAGCAGGGCACAUCCUCUUCAGCCUCAUCUGUCCGAUUUAACAGCCCCUCUGUAGCCGCAGCGAGCAGGUCUCGUGCGACUGGAUUCGCGGCAGGCUCGGCUUCCGCACAUGAGCGGACCAAGGACGAUUAA